AUGACUCUCGUUUUCUUCACCCUCUUAUGUCUCGCCCUUUUCACAUCUGACCCUGCUUACGCGAAGAUAGGGCCUACUGGAGACCUCGUCAUCGCCAACUCUGAGAUUGCCCCCGAUGGCUACUCGCGGGUCGCCGCAUUGGCGAACGGAGUUCUAGAUGGUGCGCUCAUCAGUGGAAACAAGGGCGACAUCUUUCAGCUCAAUGUCGUGAAUAAUCUUUCAGACGAUAGUAUAUUGCAGAGUACCUCAAUUCACUGGCAUGGUCUGCUUCAAAAAGGCACUAAUUGGGCUGACGGUCCUGCUUUUGUGAACCAAUGUCCUAUAGCAAAAGGAGAUUCAUUCUUGUACACGUUUGAUUCCACCGAUCAGGCAGGAACAUUCUGGUACCACUCUCAUUUAUCUACCCAGUACUGCGAUGGUCUUCGAGGGCCCUUCGUUAUAUAUGACCCCAAUGACCCGCAUGCGGAUUUGUACGAUGUCGAUGAUGAAUCCACCAUCCUAACCCUCUCAGACUGGUAUCAUACUCCAGCUAAGGAGCUGGAAUUUCCGACACCAGACUCGACGUUGAUCAACGGAUUAGGACGAUGGAGCAAAGAUCCCACGUCUGACUUGGCUGCUAUCACUGUCGAGCAAGGGAAACGAUACCGCUUUCGUAUGAUCGAUAUGGCAUGCGAUUCAGCUUUCACGUUCGCAAUCGAGGGACAUACCAUGACAAUUAUCGAAGUCGAUGGUGUUAACCACCAACCUUAUACAGUUGAUCAAAUCCAGAUCUUUGCUGGCCAGCGAUACUCCUUCGUUCUCAACGCCAACCAAGAAGUAGAUAACUACUGGAUUCGUGCGCUUCCUAGUAUCGGGAUCUCCGGUUACACCAAAGGUAUCAACUCGGCUAUAUUGCGGUACUCUGCUGCGGCAGAGGUGGAACCAGCUACAGCAACGAUAUCAAGUGUGCUGAAAAUGAAUGAGACCGAGUCGGUGCCCCUCGAAAACCCUGGAGCUCCCGGAAUGCCCGAAGUUGGAGGUGUCGACUAUGCGCUCAACUUGGCGUUUGCAUUUACUAGCGCUGGAACAUUUACUGUCAACGGCGCCCAGUUCACGGCUCCCAGCACGCCUGUCCUGUUACAGAUACUCAGCGGAGCCAAGAGCGCAGGCGAUCUUCUUCCUUCUGGGUCGGUGUUCUCCCUUCCGUCCAACUCGACCAUCGAGUUGUCGAUGCCUGGCGGGAUUGUUGGCGGAGGUCAUCCGUUCCAUCUACACGGACAUACUUUUGACGUCGUCCGAAGUGCUGGGAGCUCAGUAUACAACUACGAGAACCCGAUGAGGCGGGACGUUGUCAACAUUGGGACAAGAGGAGACAAUGUAACUAUCCGGUUCCGAACGGAUAACCCAGGACCGUGGUUCCUUCACUGUCACAUUGACUGGCAUCUGGAAGCUGGUCUCGCUGUUGUUUUUGCAGAAGAUACCGGUUCUUGGACAAAUUCUAUUGAACCUUCAGAUCAAUGGGAAAAUCUGUGCCCUAAAUACGAGAGCAUGCCGGAUAGUGAUCUAUAAAUUGCGCUGUUUUAUCCAAAACCUUUCUAAUCGUUUUGUCUAAUUCACCUUCCUUUCUUCAGGGUACCUUAUGGCGUAGUACAUUAUAGUUCAUAAUCUGCGGUGUUUUGUUUUUCUAUUUCUCAUUUAUUGGUAUUUCCAGG